AUGGAAGAAGAGGACCAGCGGCUCUCCGACAGCACGGCUCCAUCGAGACCCACCAUCUACUACGGAGGCCACGACAGGUUCGAGCUCGAACUCGAAGUGAGUCUCCCUCCCGGCGAUCAUAAUGAGCGUUGGCGUGAGGCGGUAGCCUGUCACAUGCUACCGUUGCUCGUCGCCAGUAGAAGGAUGCAUGUCACCUAUGGAGCUAGACAUAACUUCGUUCAAAUGCUCUCCAACCCUCUCUACCUUCAACAUCUCGCCACGCAAAAGCUACUCGACAACGAGGAGUUCAUCGCAUACCUCAAGUACCUGCAAUACUUCCGCGAGCCCAAAUAUCUACGACAUUUAAUGUACCCGGGUCCGACACUACGGGCCCUCGAACUACUGCAGGAAGAGCGUUUCCGCAAGGAUAUUCUGAUUCCCGAAGUCAUGUCUAGGAUGGUUGAGGAAGGCUUUCGCGCCAGCACCUCCGCUUGA